AUGGAAAUCCGAUUAAAGGUUUUUCAUGCUAUGGCGAUAUACUACACAACUGUCCAAUCUUUAGGGGUGGACGAUUGGACAUGGGAUGCUAAAGUCUUCAAGUUAUAUGCACUCUGGGAAGAGAUUCGCAUUCUUGAAGCCAGUGACAUUGAAUGCCAUCCUUAUUUUUUGCCUGUCAAUCUUCACAAAGGAAGAAUGUCAAACUUUUCCAAUCAGAUCAGAGCGUCUUCGUCUCUGCUCAAACGGCUCAAACAAAGAAUGACGAAUCCGGUGGCCCUGAUGCAGGCUACUAGAUCUUUCACUACAUUGGAGGGCCACCGUCCCACCAUUGUUCACAAACGGAGCCUUGAUAUUCUUCACGAUCCCUGGUUCAACAAGGGAACAGCGUUUUCUAUGACUGAACGCGACCGUCUUGAUCUACGGGGACUUCUUCCUCCCAAUGUUAUGUCUUCUGAGCAGCAAAUUCAACGCUUCAUGGCUGACUUGAAGAGGCUUGAAGUGCAAGCAAGAGAUGGACCAUCUGAUCCAUAUGCGCUGGCAAAGUGGCGGAUACUCAAUCGAUUACAUGAUAGAAAUGAAACGAUGUACUACAAGGUUCUAAUUGCCAACAUUGAGGAAUAUGCACCCAUAGUCUAUACCCCAACUGUUGGUCUUGUUUGCCAAAAUUACAGUGGUUUGUUUAGAAGACCAAGGGGAAUGUAUUUCAGUGCUGAAGACCGUGGAGAAAUGAUGUCCAUGGUGUAUAACUGGCCGGCCGAACAGGUUGACAUGAUUGUUGUUACGGAUGGAAGCAGGAUAUUGGGUCUUGGAGAUCUUGGAGUUCAGGGAAUUGGUAUUGCUAUUGGAAAGCUAGAUUUGUAUGUUGCUGCUGCUGGGAUAAAUCCCCAAAGGGUUCUUCCUGUCAUGAUUGAUGUUGGAACUAACAAUGAGAAGUUGCUCAAAGACCCCUUGUGUAAGUUUAUAUCUCUAUCUGAUUAUGUUGAAGAUUUUAGGACAUCACAAGAAAUGGCAUCUUUAUUUAUAAAAGAGCUGUUCACCUACUGUGACAUUGUCAAACAUUUGGGAUUGCAAGAACACCGUCUUGACGGUGAUGAGUAUAUCGCUGUCAUUGAUGAAUUCAUGGAGGCAGUGUUUACUCGCUGGCCACAUGUGAUUGUGCAGUUCGAGGAUUUCCAAAGUAAGUGGGCAUUCAAGUUAUUGCAGCGAUAUAGGAAUACCUACAGAAUGUUCAACGAUGAUGUCCAGCGUAUUGCAGGGGGUGUUGUCAAUGUCAGUCACAUUACCCUUAUAGGUUAUGGGCUUAAUGUUGUUACUGUUGGAACGGCAGGGGUUGCUAUAGCUGGUCUUUUAGGAGCUGUAAGAGCACAAGGAAGGCCAAUGAUUGAUUUUCCUAAGCAAAAGAUUGUUGUUGCUGGUGCUGGAAGUGCAGGAAUAGGGGUUCUCAAUGCUGCCAGGAAAACAAUGGCUAGAAUGCUUGGAAAUAAUGAAUCUGCUUAUGAAAGUGCAGGAAGACAGUUCUGGGUAGUUGAUGCUAAGCUUUCACUGUUGGCAAGGUAUUGUAAAACUGCUGUCAUUCAUAUUUCAGAGGCCCUUUCCAUGAUACACAUGAUAAUUGAAUUUGUUGCUGUGUAUACCCAGGGUCUUAUUACAGAGGAACGUGAAAAUAUUGAUCCAGAAGCUCUGCCAUUUGCAAGGAAGGUCAAAGAAGCUAGUCGUCAAGGAUUAAGGGAAGGUGCCAGUCUUGCAGAAGUGGUACGAGAAGUGAAGCCUGAUGUGCUUCUUGGAUUGUCUGCAGUUGGGGGUUUGUUCUCAAAGGAGGUAUUAGAGGCCCUCAAAGGUUCAACUUCGACUAGACCAGCCAUCUUUGCCAUGUCAAAUCCCACAAAAAAUGCUGAAUGCACUCCUGAAGAAGCCUUUUCCGUUGUGGGUGACAAUAUUAUUUUCGCAAGUGGAAGUCCAUUCAAAGAUGUGGAUUUUGGAAAUGGUCAUAUUGGCCACUGCAACCAGGGAAACAACAUGUAUCUCUUUCCAGGUAUCGGACUUGGGACUCUACUUUCUGGGUCUAGGAUCGUCUCUGAUGGCAUGCUACAGGCCGCAGCCGAAUGCCUAGCUGCAUAUAUGACGGAAGAGGAGGUUCUAAAAGGGAUCAUAUACCCUUCAACAUCUAGAAUACGAGAUAUAACAAAGGAAGUAGCUGCAGCUGUGGUGAAGGAAGCCAUAGAAGAGGAUCUUGCAGAAGGAUACCGUGAAUUGGAUGCUAGAGAGCUCCGAAAACUCAGCCAGUGGAAUGUGAAUGACAUCGAAAGCGGAUGCAUUUUGGAAGCUGACUUCUGUUUCAUCUUGGCUGAUACAAGCGGUUGA